GCCUGGAGUCCGAAGAGCCGACUUGCUCCCCGGGCACCUGGGCUGAGCGCACGCGGUGCCAGUGAGCGGCGGAACAGCGACAGGCAGUGAGGAGCCCACGGACACCGAGAUGCCCCGGGGCAGCCUGCACGCGGCGACCGUGCUCCUGCUGCUGAUCUUAAAGGAGCAGCCUUCCAGCACAGCCCCGCUGAAUGGAUCCAAGUGGACCUAUUUUGGUCCCGAUGGGGAGAAGAGCUGGUCCAAGAAGUACCCGUCCUGCGGGGGCCUGCUGCAGUCCCCCAUAGACCUGCAUGGUGACAUCCUCCAGUACGAUGCCAGCCUCACACCCCUGGAGUUCCAAGGCUACAAUGUGUCUUCCAGCCAGCAGUUUCUCCUGACCAACAAUGGCCACUCAGUGAAGCUGAACCUGCCCCCGGACAUGCACAUCCAGGGCCUCCCGUCCCGCUACACUGCCACGCAGCUACACCUGCACUGGGGGGACCAGAAUGACCCCCACGGCUCCGAACACACUGUCAGUGGGAAGCACUUCGCCGCCGAGCUGCACAUCGUCCAUUACAAUUCGGACCUGUAUCCCAACGCCAGCGCUGCCAGCAACAAGUCAGAAGGCCUCGCUGUGCUCGCGGUUCUCAUUGAGAUGGGCUCCUUCAAUCCAUCCUAUGACAAGAUCUUCAGUCACCUUCAACAUGUAAAGUACAAAGGCCAAGAAGUGCUCAUCCCAGGCUUCAACGUUGAAGAACUGCUUCCCGAGAGGCCUGCCGAGUACUACCGCUACAGGGGGUCCCUGACCACACCUCCUUGCAACCCCACUGUGAUCUGGACGGUUUUCCGAAACCCUGUGCACAUUUCCCAGGAGCAGCUGCUGGCUCUGGAGACAGCUCUGUACUGCACACGCAUGGACGACCCUGCCCCCAGAGAAAUGGUCAAGAACUUCCGGCAGGUGCAGAAGUUCGAUGAGAGGUUGGUGUACAUCUCCUUCCAACAAGUGGAAAUCCUUACCGACACAGGACUGAGUCUGGGCAUCGUCCUCUCGGUGGCCCUGGCUGGCGUUCUUGGCAUCUGUAUUAUCCUGGCAGUGUCCAUUUGGCUUUUCAGAAGGAAGAAGAGUAUCAAAAAAGGUGACAACAAAGGAGUCAUUUACAAACCAGCCAUCAGAAAGGAGACUGAGGACCACGCCUGAGGUCCCUGGAACUCCCAGGCACGUCCAGGGAAGGACCUUGCUUUGGACACUACAUACUUUGGCUCUCUGGACACUUGCAACACCUCAAGGUGUUCUCUGGAGCUCAACCUGCAAACACCCCAGUCCCUCAGGGAUCCUCUGGCUGGGUGUCCCCUCACCCUGGGACCUCGGCCACCCCUGGUGCAAUCCACGGAUAAGACGAGCUCUCAGACCAAGUGCUGGAUUUAUGCGAGAUUGUUCAGUGGUCUGGAUUCUGGGGUCACAAACCAAGCCACCUGCUGUUGUUGGUUGGAAAACACUUUCAUCUAGGACUUCACUCAAGCGUGUUUUUGAGUAUCCUGGAAAUUCAGCUUAUUCUCCAAGCUUUCAGAACAGAACGUGAACUCUCUGCUUAGGUUUUGCUUUUGAAACUCAAUUUCUUUCCUCAGGGGAGGGGUUGUCACCCCCUGAUUUCCUUCUGCUCUGACAAAACCUUUAGUCAGACCUCACAACUCAGGGGAAAGAAUUGAGACAGGAGGGGUCAGGUUGUAGGGAGAGAAAGAAAACAAGAGAUACACUUUGUAAUAUGUUAGGGGCACUUCCACAGUCCGGCCCCCCGGGGGCAGGGACGCUGAACAGGCCUUAGGGAAAGGCAGUUUCAAGUUCCUUUUCUUGGUGGGGGUGAGAAGGAGGGAGUGGGAGGGGAAGAGAAAGAAUGAGAAGACGUAUGUGAUCGGGGAAAGUCUCAAUUUGGGAUCAGAAUUGGAAUCACGUAGUAUUUAUCUAGUCAUACUGUGAGGAGGACAGAGUGACAGAGUAUUAAGCCCAAACCCAGCGUCCUGUCUGUGGGGCUCUACAGAUUUUAUAAAUAAUUAGAUUGUUCCUAUAAAAUGUGGUCUUGUUCUCUCUCUGCCCCUCUCCUACAGUAGACGUGAGUUCUGAGAUGGCCCAAUCUGCUUUUGAGUCUGGAAGAAACAGGCAGAAGCAAAAUGACUGCAGAGUUUCAUCUCUUUUGGCCAAAUUUCAUUUCUGCCACUUCUGCAAGUGUCCCUUUUGCCGACCUGGAGUCAAGAUGUAUCUACUCCUCUCCCUUUAAGCAUGUCAAAUCAUGGAUUAGUUAAAAUAUAUUUUCAAGCUAUAAAACAGGAGGUCAUCUGUGCAGGGGCUGGCAUCAUCGUGGCAUCCAGGGACAAAUAAUAACACGACGUCACUAACACGCUCCAUGUUCUCCCCGGCAGGUCACACAGAUAGUGUCUGAGAAGGCUUCACGUCUUCAUUUUUCUCCUGCCGAUGUGAAAGCCCCACGGGGAUCAGUUAGUUCCAUGAGCGAGGAGCUCCACCACCAACCUCUAAUUGCUAGCACCUUGCAGGUCACGGGGAACCUUCUGGCUCACGAUCUCAUUGUGACAGCAUGGAAUGUCCUCCUGAAGCCUAUGUUUCUUUUUAUAUUUUUUCCUUCUACUCUUCCCUCCCACUGUAAGAAUUUUCUCUUCCCCACCAUCACAAAUUUUCAUAAUGGUGGCAAGCCCUAUGUCUUGGUGGACAGUUUUGCCAGGCAAGGUUACAAGUGACCUAAUGGGGGCUUGUGUGUGUGUGUGUGUGUGUGUGUGUGUGUGUGUGUGUGUGUGUGCGCGCGC